UUGUAGAGUGUAAAAUACUAUCAAUAUCAUCCAUAUACAAUUCAUGUUACAAGUUAAACUAACCCAAUUACUAAUAACUAGUGGCAGGUUGUUGUUCUUUUUUAUUGUUAGUACACUCAAUAUCAUGCAACAAACUUUAUAUAAUUAUACAUGUGAUAUAUAUAUGCAUUAAAAUAGUACUUUUCCUUGCCAAUAAGAUUAUCUUAUCCAAACAUCUAGUUUACAUGACCGAAUAAAAAGAAUAACCACCCUUUUUGAACUUCAUUUGUUACUAACACAAAGUUUCACUGAUUUAACUCUUUACUACAUUAGAUAUUCCAAUAUAGAGUUUAGUAUUUGAAUUUGUAAAGAAGAAUUUUUGUAUUAAAUGGAAGGUGAAGCCAAGACCCUCCUUAGGGUAUGCACAAUAUUAUUGACAUCUCUAUACUAUUGUUACUUCAUAGCUUCAAAAAUCCCCAAAGGAAAAAUAAGGCUAUUGUUUUUCCUCCCAACUUUCAUUAUAUUCACCUUCCUCCCCAUAUUUGUCACCUCAGGUAUUUCUGCCGGUCUCAUCUCAUUCUUCGUUACAUACCUAGGGAAUUUCAAGCUACUCCUUUUCUCUUACAAUCUCGGCCCUCUAUCAAAUAUACAUAAUCUUAACCCUAAUCACAAAAAAUACAAACAUAAACAACAUGUAAAUAUUCCUUUUCUAAGAUUUAUAAUUCUUGCUAUUUUUCCAAUCAAAAUCAAAGACCCGUCUGCUAAAUAUCAAAAGUCCGUGAAAAACUGGCGGCCCUUUAACUUAUGGUCUAAGUCCUUAUGUUUCUCAAUACUUGAAACAAUAUGUUAUACCUACAAAAAACAUCUACACUCAAGUGUUAUGUGGGUUAUAUAUUGUUGUAUGUUGUAUCUAUUCCUUGAUGUCAUCAUAGGCAUAUGUAACAAAUUAGCAGGGACCAUCAUGGGUGUGGAGCUACUUCCGCCGUCUGAUGAACCAUACUUAUCAACCUCCCUACAAGAUUUUUGGGGUAGAAGGUGGAACCUCAUGGUAGCAGAUGUACUGCGUCACACAAUAUAUUUACCCAUGAAGGUAUUUUUGUCCAAAUAUUUAGGUCAACAAAGGGUUGUAGUUCCUUCUGUAAUGAUAGUGUUUCUAGUUUCUGGUCUUAUGCAUGAGCUAAUUUUUUACUACUUAACAUGUGUUAAUCCCACGUGGGAUGUCACGUGCUUUUUUGUGGUAAAUGGGCUUUGUGUGGUUUUUGAGGGCUAUUUUAAAAAAUAUUUGGGCCCAAGGAUAAGGAUACAUUGGGCUUUAGCUAGUCCAUUGACAAUUGGUUUUGUUAUGGGUACAGGAUAUUUGUGGUUCUUUCAACCAAUUUUGAGAAAUCAAGUUGAUAUAGGGGUUGCUGAAGAGGUCAAGACAUGGUAUGAGUCUAUUAGGGAUUUUUUUUAAAUAACAUCCAUUAUGUUAUUUUAAUUUGAAACAUUAUUAGCUUAGUGUUUUUUUUUUUAAUUUGUUCAGUUUAUUGUGAUACUUUAGGUGAUGUUUAUACAAGGUCCCAUACAUAAACUUUUCUCUAAUGACAUGUAAGUAUACUUUUAAAAAAAUUACAUGUAAAUAUACAAGAAUUUGAUUAGUAUUAAUAGUUGAAUCUUGAUAUUAGAAAAACUUUUUGCAAGUAAAUUCCAUGUCAAUUCGACUUUUAAGAAAGACGAUUCCAAUAUAUGCUUGCGUUAUGUCAAUUCUUGUAUUCUGAAUUUAUUUUUCGGCUCGUGCAAUGCAAAAACAUUGUUUUUAAUAAUUUUAGAAAUUGGUUCAUCGAAAAAUAUGUAAUUUUGUGACUUCUUUUUACAUUUUUUUAUUAUAUUAAGAGAAAAUUUCGGAAAUUGAACUCGGAUCUAGUCAUAACCAGUCCCUGAAAUUUGAAACCAAAAUUGGGAUUGGUUGGACUUGGACCAUAUCCUCAUUUUCUGGAAUUGGCCUUGG